UCUCGCGCCUGUGCGCAGUAGUUUCGAGAUCUCGCGGGAUACAGAACGUGCGACAUUCGAUUUAUCGGAUGGUGUUGUAGUAUUUUUUUGCUCAAUUCCAUUGCUAUUUACGGUUUGAAGUACCGGUAGGCUAUGAAACGUAGACCAUGUCAUAGUUAGGACCGCAUCAAAUAUCAUGACCAUGGAAUUUGGUGCAUCAUCCAAUGGCAAUGAUGACAAUCCUUCUGGUGGGAAUGCAGGGCAUUAUGCACGAAUCAAAGAGUUGGCUGCCUCCUAUCGCAGGGAAAAGAGGAAAACCUAUCAUAAAAAGAACUUAAAGCCAUAUGUGAAGGCUCCAUCCAGGGACAUCAAUGGUGCUAUAGAUGGUCCAUCAGUUCCCAGAAGAGAAAGAAAAGGGAAGAAAACCUCAACGACAGAGAAACUAAAGGACUUUCCUGAGGAAUUGAAACCAAGUAAUCAUGAAGUAGAAAUCGAUGCACCUUUCGAUUUCAAGUGUUCCAGCAAGUGAGAGCUGAACUUAUGGAGCUUCUGAAUGGGAUUCGGGCUUCCAAUAGUACUGAAGUGCCAGGCACUGAAUCUGAAUGGAAGAAAAGGCAUUUUGUUGCGCAUGCUGACCGGAAGCAAAGACAAGAGGAGAGUUGGGAGGAGGUGCGGGAGCCAGUAUUGAGGUCAAUACUUAGGAAAAUGGGAAAACAUAGUUCAUCAUGUGCAGUUUGUGUCUCAUGUGCGUCGUCAGCUGUUAUCAGAUGCUUCAAAGAGUCGGGCUUCUCUACGAAAGCGUCUUGAAAAGGAGAGAAAGCAACUUCAGCAUUGUGUUAGUCUGCUGUCAUGUUUCUGUGGACGAAGUCAUGCAAGAGGACUAUUUGUUGCCUUGGCAUAAUCCUACAGGGAACAAGGGAGAAACAUUUGCUUUGAAGAAGAAAAUAGUUGAUAUACAUGAACACAUGACCAGGUACAUCGAGGAAUUGCCUGUGCUCAUUCAAGAGAUGGUAUCAACUGUUCUUUUCUUCAAGAAAAAAAUCAACACCUUGGAAGACAGAAUCAACACCGUGAACAAUGAGGCCAUCAAAAACCAAGAAAACCAUGGAUUGGUGAUGUUGCUGCUGGAAUCAAAGGAAUUCUACACAGACCUUCUCCUAGAAGCAACAGAUGUAUUUGAAUGUAUAGACACUGACAUAGAGAUCGUGGUGUAUUUUGAGGAAGGGGAGGUGCAACCUGGUGGUGAAGAAUCAAAUUCGGAGGAGGAUGCGUCUAGCUCUGAGGAGGAGGAUUGUGAUGACAUUGGCAUUGAGUACGUGUAAUUAACCCUUUGAAGCCGGAUUUAUUUCAGAAAUCCCGAUCUUUUUCGACUUGAUUUGGUCUAAGUUUGUCUAAAAGGGUAUAGUGUCCCCAAAUGUCACUCGAAGCUAACAAAGUAUGCCACAAGAUGCUAACGUUUUCGGAACUCUGUGGCAUCUCUUAAGGCCCUUGCACUGUUGCAGAGGUUCUCAAGAAGCAUGUUUGUGAAUAAGGUGACUUUUUCUAGUGAAAGUUCGAACUUCCAAUGCAGUUUAUUGGGAAACUACGCCACAAAUCAGGUGUUGUGACGUUCCUAAAAUGACGUCAUAUGGCAAAAAGUGUCAACUGAGGCAAAACUGUUCAGUGAGAGUUCUUUUUGCUCGUCUGGCGCUCAGGAAUCUGCCAACUGUUCGACGAUACAGCGAUGUUCCGGCCCUGGGGACAAACUUAGCCAUGAGGGGGGUACCUGCUGCUGGUUAAUUUUUUUAUCUGACCGCAGGGGGCUAGGCUGAUGUCCUGCAACUCCCAAAACGACUUAGAAUUAUUGCCGGACCACUAGGGACCUUGGAAAAUGCCUUUUGUGUAAUCUGAUAUAUUGUGAAUCCACCAAUUAUGUAUAAGCAGAUUUGUAUUACUGGCUGAAUGUGAAUUUCAGCAGCAAUAAAAUGAUUCUUGCAUCAAAUUACAUGCACUUGUUUUCAUUGUUGCUCACCUUGGGUGAACACAGCUGAUACUAUCAGGCUGCCUACAUGUAUAAAGAAACAUCAAUUUUUGCCGGAAAUGAGCAGACAGGUGUCAAAGAUGUGUAUG